AUGGACAACUCGGUCUUGGUGACACUGAUCCACGGUACGAUACUCAGACGCAGCCUGAGAAAGUUGAAGCACUCCGAGGAAGAGAUAUUGUUUCCAUUGGCGUCGGAUCAGGUUUUAGUGUGGUGCGCUGCGAAUCGUGAACUUUCUGUACUAGUCUGUGGAGAGGGCCCGUUUUCGUGGGGCUGCGGUACUGAAGAUGUCACUCGACCGACGUUGCUUGACGAGCUCUUGCGAGUCCAUAUCUCCGAGUUAGUUUGUGGAGCUGAGCAUUGUAUGGCUUUGACGGAAGAGGGUGAAAUUUAUGUGUGGGGAAAUGGUGAAGAUGGACGACUGGGAACUGGGAAAUCCGAAUGGGUGAUCACCCCAGCCAAGAGCUCCGUUAUUGAGGGGAUUAAAAUAACUAGCUGUCGAGCUGGAAUCAACGCCUCAGCUUUGCUUACUGAAGAUGGUCGCCUGCUAGCUAUGGGUAAUAACCAGUAUAACAAACUGAACUUGGCUCAUCGCCAAGGUUUCUUCUCUCGGGAUUUCUUCGCUCGAGAACGAAAUGAUAAAUUUCCCGAUAUUCUUGUGCCUACUAUGCUCAAAGCCUUUCCAGUUCGAGUUGUUGACGUUCACCUAGGAGAGUUCCAUACUGGAGUUUUACUUGAAUCUGGUGAGCUGUAUUUUAUGGGACGAAAUACGAAUUUCGAGUUGGGAUUCGGUCAUUCACAGUCCAAUGCCUUUUGUGGUCUACGACCAGUAAAGAAGCUCCUCACCAAAGCCUGUUCGAAGGUUGCUUGUGGAGAUGGUUUUUCGUUAGUGGGAACAGCAGACAGUGAGCUGUACUUCUGGGGACGCAAAAACCCGCAUAAAGUCCUCAAACCGAAAGAAGAAGCAACCUCUCGCCAUAUUCUCCCUCGAGGUAAGUCCGCACCUGUUCUGCUACAAGAGGAUAGAAAAGAUGAAGAGCGCACCUGGUUGAAGGAGGAACUCGAAGAAGCGGAGGUCAUACAGAUUAGCAAGAGCCAGCAGAAGCUCGUUGAGCUCCAGAAGCGACAAGCUGAACUGAGAAAAAAUGAACCACCUCCGGCGUACGUUCCAAAGGCACCUCUGAUUUUUUCAGACGUGAAGAGCCGGACCUGUACUAUACUCUAG